AUGUCUACCGCUUUCGUCCAGCGCCCUGCUCCUGAGUUCAAGGCCACCACCCUCUUCCCGGGUGGUGAGUUCAAGGACGUCUCUCUGUCCGACUACCUCGGCCAGUGGGUCGUCCUCCUCUUCUACCCCCUCGACUUCACCUUCGUCUGCCCGACCGAGAUCAUUCAGUACAACGACGCGCUCCCCCGCUUCAAGGCCAUCAACACCACCGUCCUCGGCGUCUCAACCGACUCGCACUUCUCCCACCUCGCGUGGACCGAGCGCCCGCGCAAGCAGGGCGGCCUCGGCGACGACCUGCAGCUGCCCCUGGUCGCCGACAAGUCCCACAAGAUCUCGCGCAGCUACGGCGUGCUAAUCGAGGACGAGGGCGUCGCCCUGCGCGGCCUCUUCAUCAUCGACCCCAAGGGCAUCCUGCGCCAGAUCACCGUCAACGACCUGCCCGUCGGCCGCAACGUCGAGGAGACCAUCCGCCUCGUCGAGGCCUUCCAGUUCACCGACGAGCACGGCGAGGUCUGCCCCGCCGGCUGGCAGAACGGCAGCAAGGGCAUGAAGGCCGACCCCAAGGGCUCCCUGGAGUACUUUGCUGCGCAGAACGGCGAGAACGGCCACGCCAACGGUAACGGCACCAAGAGACUUCGCGUUGAUUAA